UACCGACCAAUCAGCGCGCUCCACGGCACAGCCCGGUCCGUGUUGUCCCAGCUGUAGUUUCUGUCCGGGAAGUACACGUAAAACUUCAUACUUUCCUCCGGGAAAACACAGAAAACGUCGCUUCUACGGACUGGGAAACACUCUGAAAACAACAUGGACAUGACUACAGGUUGGUUGGUAGUGGCAUUCCUGGCCGCUACUGCACACGCUCUGUACAGCCCCAGCGAUGAUGUCAUCGAGUUGACCUCCAGUAACUUCCAGCAGAAGGUCAUACAGAGCGGGGACGUCUGGCUGGUCGAGUUCUACGCUCCAUGGUGUGGUCACUGUAAGAACCUGGUGCCGGAAUGGAAGAAGGCAGCCACGGCACUGAAGGGAGUAGCCAAAGUAGGAGCAGUGGACAUGACAGCUCACCAGUCUGUCGGCGGUCCCUACAACGUGCGCGGGUUUCCCACCAUCAAGGUCUUCGGCCUCAACAAGGACAAGCCUGAAGAUUAUAACGGUGCGAGGUCGGCCCAGGCACUAGUGGACUCCGCCCUUCAGCAGGUGCAGAAGGUCGUGAAGGCAAGACUCAGCGGGAAGGGUGGCAAGUCUGGGGGGUCAGGGGGCAGCGGAGGUCAGGGGUCAGGAGGUAGUAAGCCAGGAAACAAGGAUGACGUGAUCGAGCUGACUGAUAGUAACUUCGAGGAUCAGGUGCUGAACAGUGAUGACCUCUGGUUGGUGGAGUUCUUCGCGCCGUGGUGCGGACACUGCAAGCGCCUCGAGCCCGAGUGGGCGUCGGCCGCCACGGAGCUGAAAGGGAAAGUGAAGCUGGGAGCGCUGGACGCCACGGUGCACACCGUCAUGGCCUCCAGGUACCAGAUCCAAGGGUUCCCCACCAUCAAGGUGUUUGCUGCGGGUAAGAAGGACGGAGACGCCACAGACUACCAGGGCGGGAGGACGGCCUCCGACAUCGUGGCGUACGCGCUCGACGCUCACGCUGAGAACAUUCCGCCUCCGGAGGUCGUGGAGGUUGUGGGUUCAGAGGUCAUGAAGGCGUGUGCAGAAAAACAGCUGUGUGUGGUGUCAUUCCUGCCGCAUAUCCUGGACACAGGUGCUUCUGGGAGAAACCAGUAUCUGGAGCAGCUGAGGAUGAUGGGAGAAAAGUACAAGAAGAAGGUUUGGGGUUGGGUUUGGGCAGAGGCAGGCGCUCAGUCCGCACUUGAGGAGGCUCUCGGCAUCGGCGGCUUCGGAUAUCCGGCCAUGGCAGCCGUAAACUCCAGAAAAAUGAAGUACGCCACAUUAAAGGGUUCCUUCAGUGAAACAGGCAUCAAUGAGUUUCUCAGGGAGCUGUCAGUAGGCCGAGGCUCCACUGCACCAGUGAAAGGCGCAGCUUUACCAGAAGCACAGACCAUCGAGCCGUGGGACGGACAGGACGGGCAGUUACCUGAGGAGGAGGAGUGGGACCUUAGUGAUGUCGAACUGGACGACCUUGACGAAGACUCCAAGGACGAGUUGUGAGGAACCUGAAGACGUCUUCAAGACGUAGCUGAAAAAUAGAUUCUUCUUUCAUUUCUUCAUUCCUUUUUUGUUGAGGUGACUUCGGGCAAAGGAUAUAGUUUUAUCAGAAGUUGCAGGAAAAUGAUGUAUUUUAUGUGGUUCAUUUUGUGGGAGGAGGGCAUGUAUUUAGUGGCAGCUGUAUGAAAUGGGAUUACUUGUAAACAAAUUGUUUUUGUUGAUCAAACAGUUUUUGAGACAAAGAC